ACACCAGCAGUGGUGCUGAGGCCGGCCUCUUCUCGGGAAGCCCUUACACCUCCGUGGAGAUUGUACUCAUCAUCCUGGUGGCGGGAACCCUGAGUCUUAUCACUGUCAUUGGAAACAUCUUGGUCAUGCUCUCCAUAAAGGUUAGCUCAUGCACAAAUCGUAAUCGUGUCACAUUUAUGUACUCAACUCCAACACACACACACACGCACACACACACACACACACACACACAAAACAUUGUUUUACUGGCAGUCCUUAUGGUUUGCUGGUUUACCUCCUGCUUUAAUCAUAAUCAGUAGGGAUGCUCCAAUCAGGGUUUUAUGCUGCCGAUUCCGAUACCAAUCAUCCAGGACUGAAAUCGUCCGAUACCGAUCACUUGGAUUAAUUUUACAUUUUUUAGUUUAUUUAUUAUGAGUGCUCUUGGCCGGGGUGCCGUAUAAAGGGGAAAUGUCUGGACAAUUCCAAGGUCCGUUGACUGACAAAAAAUAGGUAAUAACUAAUAAAAAUUUGUAAUUAAUUAAUAAGGGUGGGGGGGGCAACAUGCUUUUUUCAUGGGACCCAGAAUUCCUGGAUGCACCCCUGCUACUGGCUGUAGGAUAUGAAAAGAGGAACCAUAAAAUCGCCUUUGUUUAGACAAGAACAUUUUACUUACUUUUUGAAGAGAACGUAUAUCACUGGUGAAACUUACAGAGGAUGAGACGCCUUCUUUAAGGAGACUUUGGAUGUGAGAGUACAUUGGUGGAGCUCUAGCAGGACUUCCAAGUAUGUGAGAGAGCACUCGGUGAAUCCUGUGUCUUCCACCGCUGAGAAAGACUGGUCAUCUCAUCCGAUGAUUUCAAUUAUUUUACGGGUUAUUUGCCUUCUGACUGUCACGCACAUACUGUACGGGAGAGUGUUGUCCACAAGUCUGCGUCAGCGGCCGUUUCACUGAUGAUUACACCGUGAGCCUCGAAAACUCACCAUACUCCGUCACGUGUUUGUUCUUCAAAUGCUGUAUUAAAUGAAAGCUUUUUAACGUGCUACCCCAGCAAGAUAGUUUUGUGCCAUGUGUUGACAGUUAAGUUUCACACGGCAGACAUUAUUGUUAUUGUUUUUGGCACGCCUGUUAGUUAGGACAAGACACUACACUGCACGAAGGGAUCGCUGCGGUCUGCAAUAGUGUUAGCCACAGGUGAACUGCUAUUGUGAUUGGUGUUGAAAGGCGGAAAUCGCCCGAGACUGAUCAGUGGUCAAUCGGAGCAUCCCCACUAAUCAGCAUGUAAAACCACCCACUGAAAAUCCACAGCAGUGCAGUUACAUCACGAAGGAGGGAAAACCUUGAACAGAAAUGCAAGCCAACGCACAGCAGAAGAAUACAUGUUGACUGAAGUAAUGACAUUUCAGAUGAUUAAAGCUUAAAAGUGUUACUUAAACCUUAAACAACUGGCUUGUAGAUCUUAAUCUGAUGCAAAUUUUUCUUUGGAUAUUCUUCUCUGCAGCCUUUUGUGUGGUCUCCGAUAUUGGAGAAGUGAUAGAAGGCGAAUGUGCAGGGAGAUAAUCUAAUAGAAGGUAAACAGGAACCUGCAGACCGUCAACAACUACUUCCUGUUCAGCCUGGCCUGUGCAGACCUCAUUAUUGGCAUCUGCUCCAUGAACCUCUACACCGUCUAUAUUGUGAUUGGCUACUGGCCGUUGGGAGCAGUGGUGUGCGACCUGUGGCUGGCUGUCGACUACGUGGUCAGCAAUGCCUCAGUCAUGAACCUUCUCAUCAUCAGUUUUGACCGAUACUUCUGCGUCACCAAACCACUGAGCUACCCGGCUCGUCGCAGCACCAAGAUGGCUGGGCUGAUGAUCGCAGCUGCCUGGGUGCUGUCCUUCAUCCUGUGGGCGCCGGCCAUUUUGUUUUGGCAGUUCAUCGUAGGUGGUAGAACCGUGCCACCGGGGGAGUGCUACAUCCAGUUCUUCUCCAACCCGGUCGUCACGUUCGGGACUGCAAUUGCUGCCUUCUACCUGCCGGUGGCCAUCAUGAUCUACCUUUACUAUCGCAUCUCCAAGGCCAGCCGCAGCCGCAUGCAGAGGGACAGCAGGAAGACGUCCGGCACCAGCCUGGGAGAAGGUCACUCUCACAGUCAGGAUGAUGGAGGCGAGAUCCAGAACAGCUACAUCCAGAAGAUGAGGGAGCAGCUCAGAGAGGCAAGACAAGGGAAGGAGAAGGAGGCGCUACAGCAGCAGCAGCACAACGGAAGUGGUCCUUGCAAGGAAGAGAAACCUGAUCAGGUGGAACCGGAGGCAGACAGCAUCCUUCCCUCUAUGUCCACAGAAAACGAGGUUCCUGGUUCAGUGCUGAGGGGACUGAACGCCAUUAGGAAGAUGAACCAAACAGAUGCGUCUUCCAGGGCAACCUCGCUGACUGACUGUCAAGCCACAAGGACAAUGCUUAAGAUCCCAUGGAAGCAGCAUCCAAUCGCUAUGAAAUCAUUAUAUGGUGACCAAGCAGAGCGCAGUGGCCAAGUGGCGAAAGAAAAGCAUGUCCUCCCGGGAGAAGAAGGUGACUCGCACGAUAAUGGCCAUCCUGGUCGCCUUCGUGGUCACGUGGACACCAUACAACGUGAUGGUGCUCAUCAACACCUUCUGUUCUGUCUGCAUCCCCAACUCUCUGUGGACAAUCGGCUACUGGCUGUGCUACAUCAACAGCACCAUCAACCCGGCCUGCUAUGCCCUGUGCAACACCACCUUCAAAAACACCUUCAAGCACCUGCUGCUGUGCCAGUACAAGAACAUACGAGCAGCACGGUGAUGGCAUGAAUCUGGUCAAAUGUUGUGUGCAGUUAUUUUGAUGUACUUCCCCAUUCAAUGUAAAAUGAAUUAUGCAGUGAGGCUCACUGAAAGUGGCACAUAACAACUACAUGUAGUACGCUGGCGUCCAUAAGAUCUUUCCCUGCAGUAUUUCCUACUUGUGAGCUUGUGCAAUGUGAAUGUGUUGUGAUCAAUCCUACCACAGUGUAACAUUGUACUAUGUAUUAACUGCUAUGGAUUAGAAUACAUCAUGUUGUGUGCAUGAGUGUGUGCAUGUUUCCUCUCUGUUGAGUCUCACUCAGAUUAUGAAACUGUUGUGAAACUAGUCCAAAUGUAAUAUUUCAUACUGUAUCUGUAUGCCCUUCCUGUAUUGAUGUUUACUUUAAAGCUGAAUUAAAGAGAUCAUAACACCAAAUUAUAAGUUUUUUGGAUGAUUCAAGUGUUGAAGAGGGCUCCAGCGCACAAUUAAUGAAGGCAAUUCAGUGGUCCGACUAUAGUCAGUAUUGGUCUACACCAGUGGUCCCCAACCUUUUUUGACCCACGGACCGGCUUCUGUUCCCACAAAUCUCCCGCGGACCGGGGGGGGGGGGAUCGUACAUUAUAGCGAUGUAAUUUAUCUUAUUUAUUAUGUAUUGUGUAAAACUAAGACGUGAAUAACAUCAAAUUAAAAGCACAAAAUGAAUGCCGACCCACCAUCCACUAGUUCCAGAGACAUGAUUACAUCGCUGUGUGACGUGUGUGGUAAAAAGCAGUGCACUAGCAUGAAUUAACUUGAGACAAAUGUGCACAUUAGCACUCAAUAAGUCAUCCAAACUUACCUUUAUGCAUUCCCACAUAGUAUCAGCAUUUGACACCAAAUAUGAGAUGAAAGAAAAAUCGUUAAAAUGCGGCAUAUGAGAGAAAGUUAGCACACGCACAAUGGAUAUGCGUCAAGUGAGACAAAUGUAACAGAGACAAUCCGGCCACUUUUCAAAAUAAAACAUUAAAAAAAAAUUAAAUAAUGGAAAUUAUUUUUUCUUUCUGUGCGGCCCGGUACCAAAUGACCCACGGCCUGGUACCGGGCGGCGGCCCGGGGGUUGGGGACCACUGGUCUACACCAUGUGUCAAACUCGAGACCCGGAGGCCAGACUUUGCCCGCCACAUAAUUUUAUGUGGGCCUCAAAAGCCUGGGAAUAAUGUGUGUCAGUAAUGCAAUUCAGCUUUUUCCUUCGAAAUGUAUUUGUUCUUUUGCUGUGACAGAAAAAUUGUACUGUGUGCAGUC